UGUUUAUUAAUUCAUUCAUAUGUGGCUAUCCGAUUGAUCGUAGCGUACAUGUACUUAAGUGUAUUUGAUGUUUCGCGAAAAUCAACGGUGAUUAAAGUGAGUUAGAGCUAAUUAAACUCAACAUUUUAAAUUAAACAUUAAACAUUUUGAAUUAUAUCAUAAUGUAGUUAUACGUAUAUAUCGAACUGAAUAUGGUACAAACUAAAUUUAUCUUUUUUUUAACAUUGCUGUUUAGUGUAAGAUUUUAUUGAAUUUUUCUAUGAAAUUUAGAAUUUGUUAAUUUGUGUGGAAUGGGUGCAUAGCAAUAUAUAAAAAUGUCUUACAUUGAAACCUGUAAGGAUCGACAACGAAAUGAAUUAGAAGUUUUAAAGUCAAUUUUUGGUGACGAAUUGCGUGAAUUACGGAAGAAUAAAAAUAAGAAGAAAUGGCAAUCCUUAGAUAUAGUUGUUACUUUGACACCACAGAAGGGUAUGUCAGGACCAGCACAAAUUUAUGCACAGACAGAUUUACAUAUUAUAUGUGGUGAAAAAUAUCCUGAUGAAAUACCAUCUAUUGAACUGCAAAAUAGCAAAGGAUUAUCGAAUCACCAAAUUGCAAUUUUAUCUUCAGAGCUAGAAAAUUUAGCCAAAAAGUUAAAAGGCGAAGUUAUGAUCUUUGAACUUAGUCAACAUGUUCAAAAAUAUUUACACGAACAUAAUAAACCAGGUUAUGACAGUUUCUAUGAUGAAAUGAUGUCAAGACGUAAGGAGAAGAUACAAUGUGAGAUGCAGGAGAAACAGAUAAAGGAAGAUAAGGAAAGACAGGUACUACAAGAUGCUAUACAGAAACGUCAGGAGGCUCUAAAAGCUGAAAUGCGUAAUCGGAAAGAUACAGUUCGAUCCACAGACUCUGAUAUUGUCUUUAGAUCAACACCGUCAUCUCCACACGAUCGAGGAAAGAAUCACUUCAGACGUAGAUGCGUUAGCACGUCAGAAAGUUCUGAAGGAUCGUUAUGUGAGCACAGAGGUACCAAGCUUCUUCAUUUUGACAGCAAUAAAGGCGAGAGACAAGUGCAUCGAGGAAAAUGCUUGGGUCACAGUGCAAAAGGUUCUGUAGUAUAUGCUGGUGUGGAUAUGACUACUGGGGAAUUACUAGCUGUUACAGAAUGGAUGUUAAAAUGCACAAUGGCAAAUGAUUGCUCUACUCAAGAAGCCAUUGAUAUACAUCAUGCCAUGAAACAAAUUGCCAGCUUGGAGCAAGAACUUAAUCAUUUGUACAAAUUACAUCACCCAAAUCUUGUGCAUUAUUUAAAUAUGAAAUACUCACAGAACAAUAAUAAUUUAGUUAUUUAUAUACUUCAAGAAUUUGUGGUUGGAACCUCGUGCUCGUUCUUUCUGAUGGAAAACAUUCCAGUUGACACUGACAUGUUGAGGCAUUUAGCAACCGGUGUUCUCGAAGCUUUGCAAUAUCUUCAUGAGAACAAUGUAGUGCAUAAAGACUUGCGCGAUACUAGUGUUUAUAUAGACCGCACGGGCGUUGUACGAUUAUCUGAUUACUCUUUAGACAAAAGACUGUCAGACAUGUAUCAUUUGAAUUCUUUAGCAAAGACUGAACAUGAUUUCCCAACGAUUCAAGGUCGAAGAGGUAAAAAGGCAGAUAUAUAUAGGUAUGGAAUAUUGCUACUGUCGUUGUUAAAAGGAACUAUCAUAUCUGGUGAUGAAAUCGAUUUAACAGUAAUCCCGCAACUUUACUUAAGAGACUUUAUAUCAAAGUGUCUUAUUGACGACGAAAGAAUGCGUUGGUCCGCGGAACAAUUGCAACAGCAUAGUUUCAUAAGAAUACCCUUAGAACGAGGCUUAUCACCCGCAACACCAGACCAUGAUGAGAAGGAAAACAAUUUAGAACCCGAAGAACCGGACAACGAUAUUCAAUUCCAUUUACCGUCGAUAGGCGGACAGUCGCGAAUACAAAAGGAAUUUGAAGUUUUAAAAUGGUUGGGAAAAGGAGCCUUUGGUGAUGUUUUAAAAGUAAAAAAUAAAUUAGAUGGUGGGAUUUAUGCUAUUAAACGAAUAGAAUUAAAUCCGAAAAAGAAGCAAUUGAACAAGAAGAUUACACGCGAAGUAAAAUUGCUGUCUAGAAUGAAUCAUGAGAAUGUAGUGCGUUAUUACAAUUCAUGGAUCGAAAGUGCCACCUUGGACGAUUCCACCAGGCACAGUCAGUUCACACCAAUCACUACAUCUUCAGAUAGAACUGCUACUACGCAGGAUAAAGCAGAUAUAGUUGACCAACUGGGAAGUGAGGAAAUAGAGAAAUUCGCUCCACCUUUGCAUGAGGUUGAAUGGAAUAUAUCGUACGGAUCUUUGGCAAAUGCUGAUAGUGAAGACGAUAACAGUGACUCUUCCGAAUCAACUGAUUCCGACAGCGAAGAGCACUGCACUUUCUUAAAGCGAACUUUAUUGCGAAUCGAAUCUUCUGAUAGUAUAGAAUUUGAAAGAGACGAUAUCUCACAAAAGUCUGCAAAGUCUGAUAUUUCUAAUGACAAUGUUAACGAAGAUGCUGACAUCACUAGUGAGGACACGACGGUAAAAGAAAUACAAUUCAUGUACAUACAAAUGGAAUUUUGCGAGAAGAGCACGUUGAGAACCGCCAUAGACAAUGGCUUGUACGAAGAUGAUGAACGUGUCUGGAGAUUAUUUCGAGAAAUUGUAGAAGGGUUGGCGCACAUUCAUCAACAGGGUAUGAUACAUAGAGAUUUAAAGCCUGUAAAUAUUUUUCUUGACAGUAAUGAUCAUGUCAAGAUCGGAGAUUUUGGACUAGCCACGACUAAUAUAUUAUCGACGUUGGUUCAUGCUAUUGACGCUGAUAAAGAAUCACAGUUCGUUGAAAAAGCAGUAAGUUAUGAUGUAGAAGGAUCUCUUACUGGACAAGUUGGGACAGCGUUAUAUGUAGCACCUGAACUUUCCGCAAAGACUGCCAAAGCAAUUUAUAAUCAAAAAGUAGAUAUCUAUAGUUUAGGAAUUAUUUUUUUCGAAAUGACAUACAAACCACUGACUACUGGGAUGGAGCGUGUAAAGAUUCUAUUGAAUUUACGCUCUAAAGAGAUUGUUUUCCCUACUGAUAUAAUAGAAACAGAUAUACCACAUCAAAUUCAUAUUAUACGUUGGCUGCUAAAUCACGAUCCAAGUCAGCGACCUACUGCUCAAGAAUUACUUUCUUCCGAAUAUUUACCACCACCUCAGUUAGAAGAAACGGAACUACAAGAGAUGGUGCGCCAUACGUUAUCCAACAGUCAAAGUAAAGCAUACAAAUAUUUAGUGGCAUCGUGUUUCACGCAAGAAGUUACACCGGCGGAAGAUAUUACUUAUGACAUGAAUUUACCUGCUAGGGAAACACCAAGUGUCCUUUCCUCGAAAAAACUCUUUCUACAGGAAAAUAUAAAGAGAAAGAUCGUAGAGAUAUUCAAAAAGCACGGCGGGUUAUGUCUUACCACUCCAUUAUUAAUGCCUAAAUCCGGUCAGCAUAGUAGCUUUACUGAAUCUAGCGUUAAGCUAAUGACGCGCACUGGUAGUAUUGUUUCUAUACCUCAUGAUCUUCGCACACCUUUCGCUAGAUACAUCAUAUGGAAUAAUAUUUCGCACAUUCGGAGAUACGCCAUUGAACGCGUGUUCAGAGAUAAAAAAGCUCGAGGAUUUCAUCCUAGGGAAUUGUACGAGUGUGCUUUCGAUAUCAUUAGUCCUGUAGCUAACAACUUAAUGACGGAGACUGAAUUGAUCUUUAUUAUAUGGGAAAUUUUUAACGACUUACCACAGGUUCAAGAACGUAAUUUUACUGUGCGUUUAAAUCACACGUCAUUGUUACAAGCUGUAUUGAUGUAUUGUGGCGUAGAGAAGGAUAAGUAUCAGGAUAUAUAUUCGAUACUGCAGAACGCCCGUGAUGGCAAGUUCUCGAAAUUUCAAGUUCAAACGCAUUUGAUUAGUUUAUGUCUCACUGAUCAAGCCAUGGAGACAUUUUUCAAUUUACUUGAAACGGAAAGUUCCGUUGCAAAGAUCGCCAGUGUCUUAAGAACAAUAACCAGAAGGAAGGGAGAUGCCGCGGGCUUAGCUAAAGAAGGGUUAAAAGAUAUAGAAACCGUAAUAUCUAAUAUAGAAAAUUUAGGCGUAAAGUGGCCUAUUACUGUUGUACCUUUAUUAACGCAUAAUGUGCAACAAUAUAGCGGUGUGAUAUAUCAAAUAACUUGUGAACUAAAGCACAGACGAAGACGAGGUGGUCAAGACGUUAUAGCCGCGGGUGGUCGUUACGACAAAAUGCUGAUGUCGUUUAGAAAAGUUUUGGAACGUACUGGAAUGGCCAGUAAAGAAAUAAAACAAUAUGGUGCUGGUAUUAGUAUAUCAUUAGACAAAUUGGUAUCUGCUGUCACAGAAGCAUGCGAGAAUCUAGGUGGUGAGAAUAAAUGUGGUAUUGACGUAGCUGUGUGUUGCGAGGGAAAUCAAGGAAGCGAAGGACGAAGAGAGAAAGAAAUGAUCAAUUUGUUACGAGAGAUCUGGUCGUUAGGAUUAAAAGUUACGAUAUUAGAUCUCUGCACUAUACAAGAAAUAUUGGAAUAUUGUCGAGAAAACUCUAUAAAUCAGAUAAUAUUAUUAAGAAAUGGAGAGAAGGGUACUUUAAAAUUACAAACAUGGGAGAGAGAUAGAUUUCAAGAAAGAAAGAUCAACAUACACGAUGUCGCUGACUAUUUGCAAAAACAAUCCGAAAUUACGUUGCCGGUGUUAAACAGAUCUGAAAGUAAAACGAGCGGAAAUGAUAUGUUGAUAACGCCAAGUAAUCCGGUAAACGUUAAUAUCAAUUUUAUUCUUUCGGAUAAAGACAAAAUAUCUGGAAGUGGCAGGAGAAGUUUCAAGAAUACUAUGUUGGCACAAAUGUCGUCUUAUUUGCAAAGAAUAUCACAUAAAAUUUCUAUAGAGAUCUUUGCAGUCUUUUUAGAAAUGUCCGUUAUAAAAACAAUGAUCAGUUUCUUGGAAAUCGAUGAGGAAGAACAGAUCUUUCAAAAGAGUAUUCAAAUUGUCAUAGACAAGCACCCACGACAUAAAAAAUAUAUCAAACAGAUAUGUGAAAGGAUGAGGGAAUUACGAAAUGAAAAAUCAAGGCCUGUAGAAAUAUUAUACAGUCUAACAGAUAGUGGAUACAUGACUUUGAUAUAAAAUAAUGUUGCCGAAGCGUAUAUGUUGAAUAAUCUAUUUUCGUAAUAAUCGGUUCAGUGAUAUGAACUAGAGCGAUAUCAGUGAUAUAAAAAAACUAGAAUAUAUAUUAAUAUAUUAUUAAAAAUAAGACGUAAGCAUUUUUUGUACUACAGUAUAUAUUUACAAGUAUUAAUAAUAUUUAAUAAAGAAAUGACUAUACGAUA